GGAAUUAAGCGCCUUAACAUCCGGGCACUUCAAUAGCGGGUAAUGUCAGUAAUCGCUAUGGACGAAAUGAGUGUACCGCCAGUAGGAUACGAAGCAGAAGACGGAAGACGUGGAGCUGACAGCCAAACGGAUUGCAAUGACGAUGACGUUCACUCUACGAGUAAUGGCUCUGAAGGUACAGAAAACCCUGCAUCUAUGUUUCAGGUCACUAUGUCUUGGAGAAAUGUAGUGGCAUUUUGGAUAUUUGGUUUGUGUAACAACUUUGGUUACGUCAUCAUGCUUAGUGCUGCUCAUGAUAUACUCUUUCAUGAAACUAAUUCCUCAAGCACUUCUACUCCUAGUCCUUCAGUUGCCAAUUCCACUAAUGACACCAACUGCAAACAGCUGAUAUGUAACAAGCAGUCAACAGGGAUUGUACUAUUGGCUGAUAUUCUACCAACUUUAUUGAUCAAGCUGUGUGCACCAUGGUUUAUGAACAGGAUUCCAUAUGUAAUUCGAAUUUUUGUUGUGAUUGUAUUUGCUGCUGCAAGUUUCCUUGUUGUUGCAUUGGCUCACGAAAAUGAGCUCAGCCUUUUUGGCGUAGCUUGUGCCAGUGUCAGUGCCGGGUUUGGUGAGAUUACAUUCCUGAGCUACACAUCACACUUUCAUAAGAGUUCUGUUUCUGCUUGGUCAUCAGGAACAGGAGCAGCAGGAAUGAUUGGCGCUUUAUCAUAUGCUUCUAUUGCUGGUUGGCUUGGCCCCAGAGAUGCCAUCUUAGUUAUGCUUUUUGUUCCUGCAUUACUACUUGUCAGUUAUCUUUUCAUACUGGAUCGAAGUGUUAUGCAAACUUCUAGUGAUGUUGAGCCAUUACUGCCAGACUCUGAGAAAGGGAGUCGAACUGUCAUCAAGACUAUGAGAGAUCUGCCCUUUACCACCAUGCUUCUGCUGUUGAGGCCUUUGCUGAAGUACAUGGUGCCACUCUUUUUUGUGUAUAUGGCUGAAUACUUGAUCAAUCAAGGACUGAUGGAGCUAUUAACUUAUAGUCAAUGUGUCUCUUGGAUUGGCCACAAAGCACAAUACCGAUGGUUUCAAACACUCUAUCAGACUGGAGUUUUUAUCUCACGAUCAUCUGUAAAUGUAUUUCCUAUUGACAAGAUUUGGCUACUUUCUUUGCUUCAGUGGGUCAACUUUGUGUUUCUUUUCUUGGUGGCUCGUUUUCAGUUUAUUCCUGCAACAACUGUUGGUGUCCUUAUUAUUUUUGGUAUCAUUCUGUAUGAAGGUUUGUUGGGAGGAGGGACGUAUGUCAAUGCCUUCUACAGGAUAACAAAAGAGGUGGAACCUCAAUACAAGGAGUUUUCUAUGGGUGUUGCCAGCUGUGCUGACAGUACAGGUAUUGGUGUUGCAGGUGGAUUGGCUAUUCCUAUUCACAGUUACAUUUGUGACUUGCUUGGAACCUAUAACUAAAAUAGUGUGUGUAUUUUGUUUUAUGCUGAGUAUUUUGAAUGGUUGUGUUGACAUGAAUUUAUCUGUAAUAUUAGGGA